CAAACGCAUCAGUCAGUCAGUCCAGCGUAAAGUUCCAACGGGAUCGGUUGGAGUUUGGGUUUUGUUGUUCGGUUCCAGUUCUUUUUUUUGCACUUUGCCAUACUGUGUGCAAAUUUAGUGAACAUGAAGUUGUUUGUUUUACUUAGUGUUCUGCUGGUUGGAACAUUCGCCCAGGAUGGACCUAAAGUUACGGAUAAGGUCUUUUUCGACAUAACAAUCGGUGGUAAACCGGAAGGGCGCAUUGUGAUUGGACUGUUCGGCGGAACCGUUCCAAAAACCGCCAAAAACUUUAAAGAGUUGGCCGAAAAGGAAGAGGGAGAAGGAUACAAGGGUAGUAAAUUCCACCGUGUCAUUCGCGACUUUAUGAUCCAGGGUGGCGACUUCACCCGUGGUGAUGGAACUGGUGGACGGUCGAUCUAUGGCGAACGGUUCGCCGAUGAGAACUUCAAGCUGAAGCACUACGGAGCUGGUUGGCUGUCGAUGGCGAACGCCGGAAAGGACACCAACGGAUCGCAGUUCUUUAUCACCGUAAAGGCUACCAGCUGGCUCGACGGACGUCACGUCGUGUUUGGCAAGGUGCUUGAAGGUAUGAGCAUAGUGCGGAAAAUCGAGAACUCCAGCACCGAUGGACGCGACCGUCCGGUCAAGGACGUCGUGAUCGCCGAUUCCGGUACACUGCCAGUCGAUGCUCCGUUUUCAGUGGAGAAAAGCGACGCUCAAGAUUAGACCGUGAUGUAGGUAAUUAUGCGCGAUUAACGCUAUUGCCUGAAGGCAUUUAAUGUGAUUGUAGUGGAAACAAUUAUCUAAGAAACGAGAACAAAUUUUAAUACA